AUGCAGGACAGUAAGUGGCUAUUAGGACCUCGGACAGUAUGUUCCUCAGCAGAAGAGGACACUAAUUAUCCUCUCAUCAACCCUGAUGUCGACAAAGAAGUUCGAAGCAACAAGUUAAAGAUCAAUGAAACAGUCUCCUUCGGACUUGACAAUGGCAGAUUCGCAAGAUUCUCCAGUUGGGAAAGACUAAUUUUGGCUUUGGUUUGCUUACGCCGGUUCAUUGAACGACGUCGGAGUCGAAAGUUGGCCAGUUUCACUAAGACGAGUGAUGCAGAUUUGUUUCUUGACACUGAGAAAAUUGUAGUCAAAGACAUACAGAGGAGUGUUUAUCAGGAAGAGAUAAAUUGUCUGAGAUCGUCCAAACCAGUGAAGAAAAGCAGCCCUAUUUUCACACUCAACCCUUAUCUUGAUGCAGAUGGACUAUUACGUGUAGGGGGACGCUUGAAACAUUCACACCUUGAGGAAACAUUCAAAAACCCUGUCAUCUUACCAGCCAAGCAUCACGUUUCUACCUUGAUAACUCGGAAAUGUCAUGAGGAUACAAAGCAUCAAGGUCGCCAUAUUUCUGAGGGACGAAUUAGAUCAUCAGGUUACUGGAUAGUUGGUGGAAAAAGACUCUUAACUUCUCUCAUACAUAAUUGUGUUACAUGCAGAAGGCUACGUAAACCUCUUGAACACCAAAAAAUGUCGGACUUACCUUCAGAACGCAUACUCCCUGGAUACCCACCGUUCUCAUUUAUUGGAGUAGAUGUCUUUGGUCCCUGGGAGAUCAUAACGAGGAAAACUAGAGGUGGAUCAGCCAAUAGUAAGAGGUGGGCAGCCCUCUUCACAUGCCUAGCAACUAGAGCGGUCCAUAUUGAAGUUCUGGAGGAUAUGACAACAUCUGCAUUUAUUAAUGCAUUCAGACGAUUUGUGGCUAUUCGAGGCUGUGUAAGAAUCAUCCGUUCUGACAGGGGGACCAAUUUUGUGGGUGCAGUCAAUGAAUUGAAGAUCAACACAAUUAACGUAGAAGAUGGGCCUAUACAUGACUAUCUUACCAAACAAGGGACCACAUGGAUCUUCAACCCCCCACACUCCUCACACAUGGGCGGAGUGUGGGAGAGGAUGAUCGGGACUACAAGACGGAUUCUUGAUUCCAUGUUGCUGGAAUAUGGAUCUCGCUGUUUGACACAUGACGUGCUUUCAACCUUUUUAGCGGAGGCAUGCUCUAUCAUCAACUCGCGCCCGUUAAUACCCGUAUCAAAAGAUCCAGAAAAUCCAUGUAUUUUAACACCUUCAACUCUACUCACCCAAAAGUCUGAUGUUAUUGAUACAACCCAUGUCAACACUGAUGUUGACCAGAAAGAUCUACUACGUAAACAGUGGAAAAGAGUUCAACAUUUGGCGUCAGUUUUCUGGAAGCGUUGGAAAGUUGAAUACCUUAACGAACUGCAACGCCGUCAGAAAUGGAAUCUCCCCAUGCGAAAUGUAGCUGUAGGUGAUGUUGUACUUAUUCGCGACAAAGAACUCUGCCGUAUACGUUGGCCGAUUGGACUCGUCAUUAAGGCCGUACAAAGUGACGACGGAUUCGUGCGAAAAGUUUUGGUUCGUGCUAUCAUAGACAAAGUGCCAAGAACUUAUGUACGUCCAGUGAAUGAACUUGUUGUGUUGGUGCCAUGUUAA